GGGGCGGGGCGAGGCAAGCGGCCGCGUCAGCGAUAUGGAUCAGAAACUUUCGAAGUUGGUAGAAGAGCUCACAACUUCAGGAGAACCCCGACUAAAUCCUGAGAAAAUGAAGGAACUGAAGAAAAUUUGCAAGUCUUCAGAGGAGCAGCUGAGCCGCGCCUACCGCCUGCUGAUAGCACAGCUGACCCAGGAGCACGCCGAGAUCCGUCUCUCAGCCUUCCAGAUCGUGGAGGAACUCUUCGUCAGGUCUCACCAGUUCCGGAUGCUGGUUGUUUCCAACUUCCAGGAGUUCCUGGAGCUCACGCUGGGCACAGACCCCGCACAGCCUCUGCCGCCCCCCAGGGAGGCGGCACAGAGGCUGAGGCAGGCGACCACCCGGGCCGUGGAAGGGUGGAAUGAGAAGUUCGGGGAGGCCUACAAGAAGCUUGCCUUGGGCUACCACUUCUUAAGACACAACAAAAAGGUGGAUUUUCAAGACACGAAUGCUCGAAGUCUGGCAGAAAGGAAGAGAGAAGAGGAGAAGCAGAAGCACCUGGAUAAAAUUUAUCAAGAAAGAGCCAGCCAGGCGGAGAGGGAGAUGCAAGGCAAGUGUCCAGGACGGAGGGAGGGGCCCACGCCUCUGAGGGUUGCCCGUGGUCCAGCUGUUCAUCCUCCUGGUCCCAGGGCCCCAGCCGCAAGGAACCCAGGUUUUCAGACAGGCUAGGUGGAGAGGAUUCAGGUCGGGCCGGAAGGCGUUCUUAGCCAUAGGCCUCCCAGGCCGUCCAUGCCUCUCCCGCGCCCUCUGGUGGUCACAUUCAUCCAUGCCCGUUCGCUGCGCGGACCUCUGGGCAGAGAUGCCAGGCACAGGUGUGCCUGUGGGCAGCGGUCUGAGCCCCAGCCUGGCUGAAGGCCCUGCCACCUGUUUAUUUUGUGGCUGCCUUGCCCUUGCCAGCCCCUUCCCCAAAACUUCACUGUUUGCUUCUCGGCAGUCAGCCUUUCUUGUGAGGGGCACCACGAGAGUGUGAGGAGGGGGUGCCACGGCCCUCAUGAGACACCUCCUGAUGUGGGCGGAGGCACGGCCCUGUGUCUUCAGACUACAUGUACCCCAGAUCCUUCUCCUGACAGACUGUGGUCCCAGGUGUGGGCCCUGCCACAGGCCACUGGAAACGCAGGCCUCAGGGGAGCUCACAAGGCAGGCAGCUGGGUGCCCAGACAAUGAGGAGGCUGCCAGGAGGAAAGCUGCUCCGACCCGAGAGGUGUGGCAUGAACGAGGCUGUUUUGUUGCCCUAGGGAAGAGGUGCAGCCGUGUCCUGGGAAGUGCAGAAAUGUCUGGAGAAAUUGAAUCCUGCUUGACGGAGGUAGAGAGCUGCUUUAGGCUGCUGGUGCCUUUUGACUUUGACCCGAACCCGGAGAUGGAAUCCCUUGGCGUGGCUUCUGGCAUGUCCGAUGCCCUUCGCUCCUCCUGCGCGGGCCAGGUGGGCCCUUGCCGGUCUGGCACCCCUGACCCCCGGGACGGGGAGCAGCCCUGCUGCAGUAGAGACCUGCCUGCCUCUGCAGGCCACCCCAGAGCGGGCGGCGGGGCACAGCCAUCCCAGACAGCCACAGGUGACCCCUCAGAUGAGGACGAGGACAGCGACCUCGAGGAGUUUGUGCGGAGCCACGGGCUGGGCUCGCACAAGUACACGCUGGAUGUGGAGCUCUGCUCAGAGGGCCUGAAGGUGCAGGAGAACGAGGACAACCUUGCUCUCAUCCAUGCCGCCCGCGACACACUCAAGCUCAUCCAGAACAAGUUCCUGCCGGCUGUGUGCUCGUGGAUCCAGCGCUUCACCCGCAUCGGGACCCACGGUGGAUGUUUAAAGCGUGCCAUUGACCUGAAGGCUGAAUUGGAGCUCGUACUGAGAAAAUACAAGGAGCUGGACAUCGAGCCUGAGGGAGGGGAAAGGCGCAGGACAGAAGCCCUGGGGGAUGCGGAGGAGGAUGAGGAUGAUGAGGACUUUGUGGAGGUCCCUGAGAAGGAGGGGUAUGAGCCCCACGUCCCCGACCACCUGCGGCCUGAGUAUGGGCUGGAGGCAGCACCAGAGAAAGACACAGUUGUGUGGUGCUUGCGGACGAGGACGAGGAUGGACGAGGAGGUGUCGGACCCCACCUCUGCGGCUGCUCAGCUGCGGCAGCUCCGGGACCACUUGCCUCCACCCUCAUCUGCCAGCCCCUCCAGAGCGUUGCCAGAGCCACAGGAGGCCCAGAAGCUGGCAGCAGAGCGGGCCCGGGCGCCUGUGGUGCCCUACGGCAUGGACCUGCACUACUGGGGCCAGGAGCUCCCCACAGCCGGGAAGAUUGUCAAGUCUGACUCCCAGCACCGCUUCUGGAAGCCCAGCGAGGUGGAGGAGGAAGUGGUCAAUGCCGACAUCUCCGAGAUGCUCCGGAGCCGCCACAUCACUUUUGCCGGGAAGUUUGAGCCUGUGCAGCACUGGUGCCGUGCCCCGAGGCCAGACGGCCGGCUCUGUGAGCGCCAAGACCGGCUGAAGUGCCCUUUCCAUGGGAAGAUUGUUCCAAGGGACGAUGAAGGACGGCCACUCGACCCGGAAGACAGGGCUCGCGAGCAGCGGCGGCAGCUGCAGAAGCAGGAGCGCCCAGAAUGGCAGGACCCUGAGUUGAUGAGAGACGUGGAAGCAGCCACAGGGCAGGAUCUCGGCUCGUCCAGGUAUAGCGGGAAAGGCAGGGGGAAGAAGAGGAUGUACCCCAGCCUCACCAACCUGAAGGCUCAGGCUGAUACCGCCCGCGCUCGCAUUGGGAGAAAAGUCUUUGCCAAGGCAGCUGUGCGGAGGGUAGUGGCAGCCAUGAACCGGAUGGACCAGAAGAAGCACGAGAAGUUUUCAAACCAGUUUAACUACGCACUGAACUAGAGAGCGGGGCCCAGUGCACUGGCCAUCAGCACUUUCUCCCUCUGCCAGUGUCUCAGGACAGCAGAGUGGGCGUGGGUCUGGGCAGUAACCAUGCUGUGUCUAUUACUGUGUUUGAUGUAAAGAAAUGGUGCGUUGCAAUGCCCUGAAGGUACGGCCGCUCUGCUGCUACAGGGUUCGGCAUCGUCUGGUGAUGGGUCUGGCCUCGCAGAAGAGGCCCUCGGGCCUGGAGAUGUGAACACAGGCAGCGACCCUGUUCCAGAGGGCUUCUGCGAGUCCUCGUGAGGCCAGUGCGUGUCGUGGUGUGGGGUUCAGCACGGACGGAAUGUGUGCGCAGCUCAGCCUUCAGAGCGUGCAUUCCCCAGCCAGGAGGCGACCACUCAGAGGAACUCUGGGAAACCCACUUUUGUGCAAAUGCUGUUUUUAACACAAACACAAAGGCUAGUGAACCGUUCAGUCAUCUGCUUUCUGCUUCUGGAUGUGCCUUUUCAUACAUGUGUCCUCUUGUCCCUGGCUUCUUACACUUGGCGUUGUUUUCAAGGUUUAUCCAUGCAGUUCCCCUCCAAUGUAUAAAACAAAGGAGGUGAAAACCUGUCCGUGCGGAAGCUUGUGCACCCAUGUUCACAGCAGCAUUGGAGAAGGAGACCGAACAUCUUCUUGUGGGCUUACUGGCCAUUUGUGUAUCUCCUUUGGAGAGGAGUCUAUUCAAACCUCUUGCCUAUUUUUAAUUGAAUGAUUUAUCUUGAGUUGUAACAGUUGCUUUUUUUUUUUUUUUUUCCUUUUAGAGAUGGGCUUUUGCUCUUACCCAGGCUGAGUGCCGUGGCAGAAUCAUAGCUCAGUGCAGCCUCAAACUCCUGAGCUCAAGCCAUCCUUCCACGUCAGCCUCCCAGGUAGCUGGGACUACAGGCACACACCACAACACUUGGCUAAUUUUUUAAAUUUUUUGUAGAGAUGAGGUCUCACUGUGUUGCCCACGGUGAUCUCGAACUCCUAGCCUCAAGCGAUCCUCCUGCUUCGGUCUCCCAAAGUGUUGGGAUUACAGGCAUGAGCCACCACUCCUGGCCAGGAGUUUAUAUGUAUACUGUGGAUACUAGAUCCUCAUGUGAUUUGCAAAAACUUUAUUUAUUUAUUUAUUUAUUUUUGAAAUGGAAUCUUGCUCUGUCGCCAGGCUGGAGUGCAAUGGCGUGAUCUCGGCUCACUGCAACUUCCACCUCCUGGGUUCAAGCGAUUCGCCUGCGUCAGCGUCCUGAGUAGCUGGGACUACAGGCGCACACCACCACGCCCAGCUAAUUUUUGUAUUUUUAGUAGAGACGGGAUUUCACUAUGUUGGCUGGGAUGGUCUUGAUCUCUUGACCUCGUGAUCCACCCACCUCGGCCUCCCAUAGUGCUGGGAUUACAGGUGUGAGCCACCGCACUCAGCUGAUUUGCAAAAACUUUCUUCCAUACUGUUGUUUCGCUUUCUGGAUAGUGUCCUCUGAAGCACAAAAGUUAAUUUUGAUGAAGUACAGCAAUUUAUCUGUUUUUUUCUUUUGUUGCUUAUGCUUUUGCUGUCACAUUUCAGAAGCCAUCACCUAAUCCAAGAUCACAGAGAUUUACACCUAGUUUCUAAUAAGCAUUUUAUAAUUUCAGCUCUUAUGUGUAGAUCUUUGAUCCAUUGUGAAUUAAGUUUUGUGUGUGGUGUAAGAGCCCACAUUCUUUUGCAUGUGGAUAUCCAGUUGUCCCAGCACCAUUUGUUGAAAACAUUAUUUUUCCCCAUUGAAUUAUCUUCGCACCAUUAUUGAUAAUCAGUUGACCAAAAAUGUACAGGCUUAUUUCUGGGCACUUGACUCUAUUCCAUUGACCUGUUUAACCUUAUGCCAGUGCCACAGUGCCUUGAUCAGUGCUGCUUUGUUGUGAGAAGUUUUACUUUGUUCUGCUUCAAGGCUGUUUUGACUCUUCUGCAUCCCUUGCAUUUCCAAAUGAAUUUGAGGAUCCACUCAUCAGUUUCUUCAAAAAAAAAAAAAAGCAGCUGAGAUUUUUGAUAGGAAUUACAUUAAAUCUAGAGAUUGCUUUGGGAUGUAUUACCGUCUUAAUAUUAAAUCUUCUGAGUCAUGAGCUUCUGAUUAUCUUUCCAUUUAUUUGAGUCUUUUAAAAUUUAUUUCAACAGUAUUUUGUAGUUUUCAGUAUAUAAGUUUUUCACUUAUUUUGUUAAAUUUACUCAUAUUUUAUUAUUUUUGAUUUAUAACCAAAAGGACUAUAAAUGCAAUUAUAAAUUAUUAAAAGAUUAUAAAUUGCAUUUACAAAA